AUGCGACAGAUGGAUAUCGCAGAGUUCAUCAGUGAGCAGCUACUGCAACGGAUUCAAUACGCGACUCUUCGGCUGAACCGACCACAUAAGAGUUUCGUGCUAACACUACUGGAUAUCUGGGGCGCCGACAACCGUCUGAAGAGGGUUGAUGUGUAUUUUCCGAAGGGGAUAGAUAGGACAACUCGCCGUUGGGCAAUUUCUGAGAAUAGACUUCGGACAUUCUCGCUCGUAGCUCCGGUGUAUUUUCAUGAAGUCGAUAUGCCAUCGGAGGGAAUAUUGGCGUUUAUUUGA